AAAUAUUCUGGAGUAUUGCAGGCGCUGAACCCUCAACUUUUACGCUUGAAUCCAAUCUGAUCUCUACUAGAUUUCACUCAACGGUUCAUGCAUCUGCUUCCUGGCUGUUUCCGACACUUGGAUGCUGCCUACGCGUUGGAGUUGUUGCAGCAUAAGAUGACACGACAUGUAUUCAGCGAAGAGUUGACUGCAUCUGAACUACGAACCUUGUUCACCCCAAUUGAUUUGGAUCGACUUCACAACUACGUUCGCUCCAUAGUGGACUUUCAGGUUGUCAGCGAUCUACUUCCUCGUUUGGCCGGUUUGUACUUUGACAAGCGUUUGCCAAGUGUACGAAUAAACAAGACACAACAGAUCAUUCUUCUUGGUUUGGGCCUCCAACACAAGAGUGUGGAACGACUUGCGUCUGAAUUCGCCACUCUUCUAGGUUCUGGCUCUGAUACCGCCCUCGAGAAACGGCACAGGCUCCCCGGUAUUAAUGUCCCUCUACUACAAACGGAAAAAGUCAAACCCAUCUCAGGCGGAUUGGCCUCCUUCGAAAUGGGUGGGAAGCUGAAUAAGCCGGGUGUCAGUAACACUACUGGCUGGGCAAAGCGAGUCAGAGGCUUAUUGUUUGUGGUCGUCCGAGAACUAGUGCAAUCUUUGGAUGCAAUUGUUGGUACGAAAACCUCCCCAUGCAGUGACUCUGCUCUGGUUCUCCCACCUAAUCUGGUGGCAUCCUCGGUCCGUGGUAAUGUCACGCUCAGUUUGGAUCGGCCAGAUAACUCUUCGGAGAACUCGUCCGACUCGGAUACCUCUGAAAUCGAUAAACCUGUGAAAGGAUCAGCGGUGGAUGUUGAAAACGCGGAGUCUACUAUUUUGGAUGGAACUGUGCUCCCCGAAUCGGAGCUCCAACGGCGAGCUGAUGUUGUGCGCCAACUUCUUUCCGAGGAGAUAAGCAGCGGAGGUGGUCCGCUUGGAUCACUGAAUCACUAUAAAGUUCGUGGAUCGGAAUCUGAUUGGGCCAAGGCCAUUGUGGGCCAUGGCUCCGCCCUAGAAUCGCUUAAUGUCGUUGUACCCAAAUCCAAGAAGCCUGAUGGAAAAAAGAAAAAUCGUUUAUCUCUUGAGGAGGAGUUACCACGCAAGAGAAAGAAUAUUGUGAAGCUCAAGAAGGCAAAAGGCACACCUCGUUGAUAGUAUUUUAAUGAAACAACUGGCAUGUAAAUAAAUCGAUCUUUUUCUUG